CUUUUGAGAUAGUAAACGAACAGAUUAGACUACCAUUUUUUCCCUUUCGGUUUUGCAAGAAGUAAUGUUUAAUGGGUCUUUUUAUGGAAUUAAGGUUUUAACGUCCAAUUUUAAUGCCUGGCUUUUGAAUCGAAGGUCGCGUGACAUGCAAUGAACGGUAUAAAGUCACACGAAUCUAAUUUCGAAUUGAUUUGCAACUUACGCGUCAGACGCAGUCAUGUCAGUUGACAAUGGGAUGAAUCAGCUGGCAGAUGUUGUCAAAGCACCAACGGCGUUAACUGUCAGCGAAAAUAGUAAAUGGAGAACUGAAAUUGAAGAAAUGGAAAAUAACUCGGAAAAUGUCUCCUCCAUAGCUGGUAUGAAUAUAACGACUUAUUCUGAGGAGGAAUCGCUUAAAGAGAUGCCGCAUCAGACAGAGAGAGUACCGCUCAAGAGAAAUUCUGAUGAAGACUACGUGGAUAAUAAACGACGAAGAACAGAAGGAGAUCAAGCUGCUAUGACUCGGUCAAAUGACAGGGAAAACGUUAACAGUACAACUGGAGAUGAAAAACAAGAAGGAGAAAAUCAAACAGAUGAACAAGAACGAAAAGUUAUUAUCAUGAAGGGAAGUCUGCCAAAGCUGGCAUUGCCAGAGGGUUGGAUAGCACUUAAUCAUCGCAGUGGAGGAAUUGUUUAUCUCCAUAAGCCAUCAAGAGUGUGCACUUGGUCUCGUCCUUAUCAUAUUGGCGGAGGAAGUGUUAGGAAACAUGAUGUACCAUUGGCUGCUAUUCCAUGCCUCCACCAGAAAAAGGGAUUUUUAAUAGAACAAAAGAAUGCUGAAGAAACAAAGUCAGAGAACGGUAUCUCCAAGUUAACAAACCCGGCAGGUUCAGUCUUAAAUGCACUGAACACUCAGGAUGUUGAAAAAUGUUAUGCGAAUGACAAGGAUAACAUCACACAACACCCACAAAUUACAGAGAAUGCUCAUGAUUAUAGUGAACAAGUUUCCUCAGUAAAAAAUAUCUCUGAAGAACAACAAGAGUCUACUGACAGCUGCAAGAAGACUCCAACAAGUUUGGAGUUAUUAGAGGUUGGAGAACUAGGAAGAUACUUGUCAAAUUUAUGGGAGUUUCAUACCCUAACAUCUGAACAAGAACGGUACGCUGUAAUGCCCCUACCACACACUGUCGAUGAUCUUGAAUUACCUUCAAGUCUGGAGUGUGUAUCGUAUCCAGUAAAAGGCUCAGAGAAUGGGAAGAGCUCUGGUAAAGAUUAUCUGUUAAAUGCUGGUGGUAAAACACCUGUGGCUUUAUUACAUGAGUACUGUCAGCGAUUUUUGAAGUCCAAACCAGUUUAUCUUGCCAGUGAAUGUGCUAGUUCAGAUAGUCCCUUUGUGGCAGAGGUACAAAUAGAUGGCAUCAAACAUGGCUCUGGGGCUGGUUCCAGCAAGAAAAUAGCUCGCCAAAUUGCUGCUGAAUCUACUCUUGAAGUUCUGUUGCCAGGAACGUUUAAGAAAAUUCGUGAUUAUCAGAUCUCUGAUGCCGAGCUAGAGUUUUUUGACAAAGUAGACAUCUUGAACCCUCGGCUUUACGAGUUUUGUUCGAAAACCUCUCUCCCCAGUCCCUCACAAGUCCUUGAGGAAUGUGUAAGGAGAAAUCAGGGUAUUUGUUCUUCCAUUGAGUUUUCAACCUUCUGCGAACAGGACAAAAGUCUCGUAUUUAUUAUAACGUGUGGCAAGCAUACAGCAAAGGUUCCUUGUAAAAACAAACGAAUUGGCAAGCAGUUAGCGUCUCAGCAUAUCCUCAAAAGCCUACAUCCUCAUCUCGAAAAAUGGGGAGCACUUAUGCGGAUCUACUGCGACAGACCUACAGGGUCAAUAAAAAAGUACAAAAAAGAUGAUAAUGAUACAGCCAAUGAGAAGGCAGGAAGCGACUCUUCUGCAAAUACUAAUUUACUUGAGCGUCUCAAAAGCGAGAUGAGAAAACUUAGUUCUGAGAAUGAAAAAGGAAAGACGGACUCUCUAAACAAACCAGCAGAUCCAGUGUUUACUGUGACUCUCUAAAGAUGGUUGAAUUCAGUCAAAAUAAGACUAUUAUUAUGAAGUAUCAAUUAAUUAAAACAAUUUUUCCGCUGAACAUGCAUAGCAUUUAAGAUAACCAGUCA